AUGGCUUCCGCAGUCAGGAUGAUGAAGGACUUAACCGACACACCUCCGUUGUCGCAGAGCGUCAACUCCACUGCUCCCAGUUCACCACGCAUCCCACCUUUGCGCCAGAACUCGGGGAGCCAGACCCCUAGAGUGCGCCCUCAUGCGACAACCCUCAACAUCCCUGGUAUGACCAGGUCCCGUGUCUCCCCCGAUGGCAGAAUUCCACAACGGGAUGUUGCAGCCAAGCUCGUUAUUGUCAUGGUCGGCCUUCCUGCCCGUGGAAAAUCAUACAUCACCAAAAAGCUUCAACGGUAUCUUUCGUGGCAACAACAUGAAUCGCGAAUCUUCAAUGUCGGUAACCGCAGACGCAAUGCGGCCGGAAUCAAGACUUCUGCCCGCGCCAACUCUGGCCAGGCGCGCCGGGCCCUGGACCCUCCAGUUGAAGCUGCCACUAUUCUGUUGAACGGCGUGCCAGCCACCAACAACGAUAUUCCUCCCGACCAAGCAGAGCCUACUACUUUGAAUUUAAAUUCGACGAAUGGCGAGCCUCAGGAGGAAGUUGACCAGUCCGCCAGGUUUUUUGAUCCGAAUAACGAGAAGGCGGCAGCAAUGAGAAACCAGGUGGCCAUGGAAACCCUGGACGAGCUGCUCGACUAUCUUUUGAAUCAGGGCGGCGCUGUUGGCAUUCUCGACGCUACAAACAGCACAAUUAAGCGGCGGCAGCAAGUUGUCGACCGCAUCAGAGAGCGUGAGCCCAAGCUUGGCAUUCUUUUUAUAGAAAGUAUAUGCAGAGAUCCUCAUCUGCUCGAGGCAAACAUGCGAUUGAAGCUGUCUGGUCCCGACUAUCGCAACAAGGACCCCAUCAAAUCGCUAGAAGAUUUCAAGGCUAGAGUUGCGGCGUAUGCUAGCGCAUACGUACCUCUGGGCGAGUAUGAGGAGGAUAACGACUUACAGUACAUCCAGAUGGUAGAUGUUGGUAGAAAGCUUAUCCAGCACCGCCUGAAAGGUUUCCUAAGCGGUGGCAUCAGCACAUACCUGUCAAGCUUCAAUCUCUCACCUCGGCAGAUUUGGAUCACUCGCCACGGGCAAAGCGUGGAUAAUGAGCUCGGCAAGCUCGGCGGCGACUCUAUCCUCACUGAGCGAGGCCAUUGUUACGGCCUGGCGCUGUACAAAUUUAUGACGCAGAAACGCAAGGAGUGGCUUAUGGAGCAAAAAAGCAAACUUGCCCAGGCAACGUUCCCACCUCACCCGGGCGAUAACACACCUCCCUAUCCGGACAUGCACAAGGACUUGGACGAGAAGAACUUUUGUGUCUGGACUUCCAUGCUUCAGCGCAGCGUAGAAACCGCUGAAUACUUUGAUGCCGAUGAUGACUACGACGUCAAGAAUUGGGAAAUGCUUAAUGAGUUAAACACGGGGCAGUUUGAAGGCAUGACCUAUGACGAAAUUGCUCGAAAGUAUCCAGAAGAGUUUCACAAGCGCGCUGCGGAUAAACUCAACUACAUCUACCCGGGCGUCGGUGGCGAGGGUUACCUCCAGGUUAUUAGCCGCCUACGCGACAUGGUCAGAGAGAUUGAGCGCAUUACUGAUCAUGUGCUGAUCAUUGGGCAUCGUUCAGUUUGUCGAGUGCUGAUGGCCUACUUCAUGGACCUGACACGAGAGGACAUCACUGACAUGGAUGUCCCUCUGGGGAUGCUCUACUCUAUUGAACCCAAGCCAUAUGGCAUCGCCUUCCACGCCUACAAAUACAAUGAGGCGAAUGGCUGGUUCGAUGAAAUGCCCAAUUACAGGCCUCAGAAGGCUGCCCGCGGAAGUGUCUAG